GAUUGGGCUGAAAUCCCUCGUUGUGUGCGAGUUUACGGCGGCGUUUCCCAGCUGAGCCGCCUUAGCGGACAAUUCGCUGAGCAAAGGCCCGUGAAGGGUAACAAUAAGAAGUGGUACUGCGGUUCGUGCGCGUUUAGCCAGUUCUAGUUUUCGGUCUUUGCAGCGCUGAUCCCCCUGAGCAGCACCGCGGAGGCGCGCAAGACACCGGCGCAAGAGCUCGGCGCGCGACACGUGACGACAGAGAGAGCUCUGCGCGCCACCGGCAGCCGCCAUGUAGCUCAAGGCAGCGCGACUCUUCACUGCGGCUUUCCUGCUCGGUGCGGACACCGCUGUCAAUGGGGAAGAAGAAAGACAUGAUUCACCAGCGCUACCAUUCGGGAGAUGAGUCUGGCGGUCACAAUGCACACAAGAAGAAGCACAAAAAACACAAGAAGCACAAGAAGAAGCACCAUCGGAUGGAUGGGGGCCAUGGCUUCUCAUCUGAGGCUCUGGAGUCUGACUCGGGCACUGUUGUGAAGCCUCAGCUUAAGCUGAAGAUCAAACUCGGGGGACAAACUCUGGGCACCAAGAGUGUUCCAACCUUUACUGUGGUGCCGGAGGAGGUUCGCUCCCCAUCACCAUUGAUGAUUGUGGAUGAUGUGGACGAUGACGAGCCCACCGAGGGAGUCCCCAUUGAGCAGUACCGAGCCUGGCUAGAUGAAGACAGUAACCUGGACCCCUCUCCACUCCCUGACAUGGACACGGAGUCCCUCCUUGGAGGUACCAUGGAUGAGGAGGAGAGGUGGCUGGAUGCCCUGGAGAAAGGAGAGCUGGAUGACAACGGGGAGCUAAAGAAGGAGAUUGACGAGUCUUUGCUGACUGCCCGACAGAAAGCACUCCUGCACAAGCAGCAGAGCCAGCCACUGCUGGAGCUGCCCAUGGGCUACAAGGAGAAGGCUAUGACAGAGGAGAUGAUGCAGAAGAGGGAGGAACGUGCCCGUAAGCGCCGCCUACAGGCUGCCAAGAAGGCGGAGGAGAACAAGAACCAGACCAUCGAGCGCCUCACCAAGACCAGUAAGACCAAGAUCAAGAGCAUGCGGGAGCGCAGGUCCCGUCAGGCACUCUGCCCCAUGAUCCGCUACUCAGACUCUUUCCAGGGCGCCACUAUCUCCUUCCCUGUGGGCGUGGCCACUCCUGCUGCAGCAGCAUCCCAGCCUCCACCUGUGCCGGUGAGCUGCGGCGUGGCUGGUUGCUGCAAGCUGAAGCGAUAUUCCUGUUCAAAGACGGGGACGCCCCUCUGCAGCCUCGAGUGCUACAGAAAGAAUCUCAUUGUUCAGGGCAUGGCGUGAGCCUAACUCCUUGUGGUGCGUCUGCACACAGUGUGCAUGCUUGUCAGGCACAUCUCAUCUGUGUUACAUGGCACAGUGGCUUUUGUUUCAAGUCAGCUUGUAUAAAUUGAUGGCAUGUAUUUAUUUACUUAUAAUUGGGCGCUUAAGGGGCUCAGCUUGGCAAAGAUGUAACAAUGAAAAUCAUGACCUUAUUUUUGUAAUGGACUGAAAGAAACAAGUUGUGUGCGCCAUGAAAUGUCAGCACAACAAGUUGCAUUGCGCUCUCGGGCAUCAGUUCCUUCAGUUAAAAAGAAGCACCCAGUUUAAUUCUUUGAA